AUGCCCGCCCUCGCCAACACAACCCGUGCCAUUGCACGCUCAUGGACCGCUCACCAGAUGCCCGUCGCUCGGGCGGCCGGCUGCACCGCUCUGCAGACCCGCAACGCCUCGGCUUCCUCGUUCGACAGCCCCUUCAAGGGCAGCCCGGACUCGACCAAGAUCCCCUCGUUCGCCGCAUACAGGAAUAAGGGAGGCGAGACCGGCCCCAAGGUCUUCCAGUACUUCAUGGUCGGAACCAUGGGUGCGCUGAGUGCGCUUGGCGCGAAGGCGACUGUACAGGACUUCCUUGUCAACAUGUCCGCCUCCGCCGAUGUUUUGGCCCAGGCCAAGGUAGAAAUUGACCUCGCUGCCAUCCCCGAGGGCAAGAACGUCAUUAUCAAGUGGCGAGGCAAGCCCGUCUUUAUCCGUCACCGCACCGAAGGCGAGAUCAAGGAGGCCGACGACACCAAGUGGCAGUCUCUCCGUGACCCCCAGCCCGACUCCGACCGUGUCCAGAAGCCUGAGUGGUUGAUCAUGUUGGGUGUUUGCACUCAUCUGGGAUGUGUCCCCAUCGGCGAGGCCGGUGACUUUGGAGGCUGGUUCUGCCCCUGCCACGGAUCCCACUACGAUAUCUCUGGCCGCAUAAGAAAGGGACCUGCCCCGCUCAACCUGGAGAUUCCCGCAUACGACUUCCCCGAGGAUGGCAAGGUUGUCAUUGGUUAA